GUCCCUGUCAACUCGUUGCAUUUUGUUAACCAAAACAAAUGGUAGUCAAAUUUUUGGCUCACAUCUCUUCCUAUAUAACUUCAACAAAAUUUCUAGAGAAUAUACACAAAAGCAGGUUUCAUUGCUGCCUGUUUGUCUGCAAUUUUCUACUUUUCUAUUUCAGGUUUUAAGUAGCAUCAUCAUCCAUGGCAGAUGGCAGUAAUAAUAAAUUUCAACUUAGUGUUAAGCAAGGCGAACCAAUUCUGGUGCCACCUGCUGAGGAGACAGUGAAGGGUUUAUACUUCCUCUCUAACCUUGACCAGAAUAUUGCAGUUGUAGUUCGUACUAUUUACUGCUUUAAGUCUGAUGUGAAAGGAAAUGAGGAUGCUAUGGAAGUUAUAAAAGAUGCUUUGUCAAAAGUUCUUGUUCAAUACUAUCCUCUUGCUGGCCGGCUAACAAUUAGCUCAGAAGGCAAGCUGAUAGUGGAUUGCACUGGAGAGGGCGCUGUUUUGGUUGAAGCUGAAGCGAAUUGUGAGAUAACAGAAAUAGGAGACACUACAAAGCCUGAUCCUGUCACACUUGGAAAGUUAGUUUAUGACAUUCCUGGUGCACAGAACAUACUUCAGAUACCUCCUCUAGUGGCUCAGGUGACUAGAUUCAAUUGUGGAGGAUUUGUUCUUGGAUUAUGCAUGAACCACUGUAUGUUUGAUGGAAUCGGUGCAAUGGAAUUUGUAAAUUCAUGGGGUGAAACUGCUAGGGGUUUGCCUCUAAAGGUGCCUCCAUUUCCUGACAGAAGCAUACUAAAAGCACGAAACCCACCUAAAAUAGAGUUUCCACAUCAUGAAUUUGUUGAGAUUGAAGAUAUAUCAAAUACCAGCAAACUUUAUGAAGAAGAAAUGCUCUAUAGGUCAUUCUGUUUUGAUCCUGAGAAACUUGAAAAACUCAAAGAAAUGGCCACAGAGAAUGGAGUUAUACCCAAAUGCUCUACAUUUGAAGCCCUUUCCGCCUUUGUAUGGAAAGCACGAUGUCAGGCAUUAAGAAUGCUUCCUGAUCAACAAACAAAACUGCUUUUUGCUGUCGAUGGACGUUCUAGAUUUGCACCACCAAUACCUGAAGGGUAUUUUGGCAAUGCAAUCGUCUUAACAAAUUCCUUGUGUAGAGCAGGGGACUUACUUGAUAAUCACCUUUCCUUCGCAGUAGGAUUAGUUAAGGAGGCAGUUAACUUGGUUAAUGACAGUUAUAUGAGGUCAGCCAUUGAUUACUUUGAAGUUACAAGAGCAAGACCUUCUUUAGCUGGAACUCUUUUAAUCACUACUUGGUCUAGGCUAUCUUUCCACACUACAGAUUUCGGGUGGGGGGAGCCUAUUUUAUCAGGACCUGUUGCUUUGCCUGAAAAGGAAGUAAUUCUUUUUCUUUCUCAUGGAAAAGAAAGGAAAAGCAUAAACGUGCUUUUGGGUUUGCCAGCUUCUGCCAUGAAAUUCUUUGAAGAAUUAAUGCAGAUUUGAACAAUCAAAAGCUUUGUACGAUGCAAUUUGUUUCUUGAAGUAGAUCAUGUGUUUCUGCUUACCAAAUCAUGUAUUUUACUUCAUCAGUUUAAUGUAUUUGUGUUUUCAUGAAUUUUAUUGUAAUAAGAUGCGAUAAAAAGAUUGCUAAAAUGAA